ACCUCACCAACAUGUUGCGCCUCGGGGGCCUCACACUCUGGUGUGCUGCCUACUUUUUGCUGGGACUCACAACGGCACAAAAUGACACCAAGCCCAUCUCCAAUGAACUAUUCAACUCCCUCGAGGAGUAUUCCCGUCUGGUAGACAUAUCCUACUGCGUGGGUAUGACGGGUGUCCAGAAACCAUUCCAGUGUCUGAGCCACUGCGCAGAGUUUCCGAAUCUGGAGUUAAUAGAGACAUGGAACACGGGUAUCCUGCUCUCCGACUCGUGCGGCUACAUUGCACUUUCGCACGCGCCGGGACCAAAGCGCAUCAUCAUUGCUUUCCGGGGUACAUACUCGAUCACGAAUACGAUAAUAGACCUCUCCGCCUACCCACAAUCCUACCUUCCCUACACCGGCGACGACGACGACAACAACAACAAUAGCACCUCCCCGCUCACCCUCCACUGCGAAAACUGCACCGUCCACGCAGGCUUCAUGAAAUCCUGGCUAAACACCCGUCCCACAAUCCUCCCUACAGUGCUAACAGCCCUCCAAAAACAUCCCGACUACGAAGUAACACUCGUCGGCCACUCCCUCGGCGGCGCAGUCGCAACCCUAGCCGGUCUAGAAAUGCGCCUGAAAGGCUGGGACCCGCUCGUAACGACCUUUGGCGCACCGAUGGUCGGGAACGCCCCGUUCGCGGGCUUCCUAGAUCAAGCUUUCCAGAUUGGGACUUCUAGUCAGGACGGGAUCGAGAAUCCCGAGAUAGCGCGUAUUCGUCGCGUGACGCACGUCGAUGACCCCGUGCCGUUAUUGCCGUUGCGGGAAUGGGGGUAUGCGCCGCAUGCCGGGGAAGUGUUUAUUUCCAAAGCGGCCUUGCCGCCCGCGAGGGAGGAUGUGUGGGCGUGUGCCGGUGACGAGGAUGCGCGGUGUAUUACCGGCGCGGAGGCGUCUUCGGCUUCGUUGUUUGACGUUUUGAGGGAUUUGGAUGUUUCGUUGGAUCUCUUCGAUACGCCGGUUGAGCCGUGUCUGGAGGAGGAGAAAGAGGGGUUGGAGGGAGAGGGGUUGGAGGUGGGUGCCCAGCAGCAGGUCCUGGGUAAGCAGAGGGGUACUGGGGGUGCAGAGUGUGUAUCGAAGGCACAGGUUGAGACGGCUCCGUUGUAUCCGCGGCACUGGAACUGGUCUCUUAUUCCGGCGAGGUAUAGACUGUGGGAACUUUUCUAUGCGCAUCGGGAUUAUUUCUGGCGAAUUGGGUUGUGUGUACCUGGGGGUGAUCUUUUUGGAUGAUUGGGAUUUGGGUUUAUAAUAGAGCGGGCGUUUGGAGUCAAGGGUUUUAUCAGGAUGUUGUUCAUAUGGGAUCUCCCAUGUUUGUAUAGAUCUGAUCUUCGCAACGGGGAUAUACCUAGUCUCUCAAGAAUGGACAU